UCUUAAUGAAUAGCGGCCAUCGCGAUAUGCGCGUUGUAAAUCCUUCUAGUUUUUGUCAGUGAUUCGUUAAAGCUGUGGAUUCAUCAAGUUUUUCUAAAGAAAAUGUUGACUGCGCUGGGUCACAUCCAGCUGCUGCGCUUUGUCGGCCCAGCUGUUGUUGUUUUUGGUGUUGCACCGUAUUACUUAAUAACUUGGCUUGCAUGGCGACUCGCUUCACUGCCUCUGUCUAGGCGCGUCUUCGAACGAGGAGAUGAGAUUAUGUACGACUCGUAUCAAUCGCUUAUCUGCUUCUUCUUUGAGACCUUGACGGGAGCUGAGGUGAGGCAAUAUUAUGAAUGUUGUUAGGAGAUAUUUCAAGUGAACGCGGAGUCUCGACACCACGUGGGUUGGUGCACCGUAAGGUGUAUUCCGAGAGUGUGAAAACAUGUAAUUCCUGAUUAUUUCUAUCGCUGCUUGAAUCCUUUUCUCCAUCCCUCUGUAGUUUUUUCAUUCUGCCGUGAACAUGAGUGACUCCUUCAGUGGUAUGAAAUGCUUGAAGGGUUCACGAGGGCGUUAAGGUUGUGGAGGAGAAAGAGUGCAUACAUGUCCACCAUUGUACACUUUCCAUCUUUUCAUAAUUGUAGGAAUACUUUCUAUAGCUAUAGCAAACCUUUGGAGGGAAUGGAGAAUGUGGCUGAUUCCCGAAAUGAGGGACAGCAAGUUAGCUGAAACACUCACAUGUCUUUCAAGAGUAUGAAUGGGGUGAUUCCUGAUGAAUCCCAUGGCUACUCAGAACUUGCCCUGCCCUGCCCUGCCCUCUUUUUCUUCCCUCUCCAAAGUGGCUUCAUUUUGAAUUGAACAUGAGACUCUUUUACGCAGGUCUAUUAAAGAGGCAGAGGGGUGGGUAAGGGCAUGUCAGGUGUAGGAACUGCAUGAAGCCUGAAUUCUCACUUUGGAAACUUUUCAUUGUUGUAUGAAUACUUUUACUAUUAAGAUGGAUGCAUUGUAAAGGGAUGAACAUGAGUGGGGAAACUUGCAGAAUGAUGUAGACAAGUUGUAGAGAAGAGUUUGGGACAUGUUUGAUUGGGACAUGUAACAUUAUUGUCGUUGUUUCUUUGUGUUUAACUGCUGAUAAGAAUUUGUCAACAUUUCAAUAAUCUUGAAUUUCCAGGAUAAUUCCAGUCCUCUUUAUUUCCAUCCACUAUGUUUUUUUAACUUUAUCUUUGCCUUUAUAUAAUUUCCAAAAGAAAAUAUCUGUGCAAGACAAUGUCAAAUGAAAUCUCCUUUUUUCCACCUCAAGUUUUGACACAUUUUGCAUUUACUCAUGUACCUUGGUGAAAAUCCUGUGUGGUUUUUUAAGGUCAAAUUGAAUUGAUGCAUAGCCACUUUUUGCAAUCUAUGGGUAGUUGGGCUGAAAUUAUCUAGAUAUGUUGUGAUCUACAUCCCCUUUUCCUGGGAAAGCUGAAUUAUGCACUUAUCUUCUACAUUCAAUAUUAUCCAACCUCCAUCAUUAAUAAUAUUACCUGCCAUUUUACUUAAUUUGCAGGUUAUCCUUUAUGGUGAUCAAAUUCCAUGGAAUAAACAGGAAAAUGUGAUUGUGAUAUGUAACCAUCAAAGUUCAGGUACCGAUUGUUUAAAGAGACAACUCUACAUAUAAACCCCAGGAUCAGGUCUUACACUCUUUUUUCUCUAUAUUUAUUUACUAAAUCCUUUCAUGUGGUUGUCAUAUUUUUAACCAAAGUCCCAAAUCUCCAAAUAAGCAAGUUACAGUUCCUAAGAUUAGAAUGUUCUUGGUGACCAAAUGCAAUUUGACUUAAAGUUAUCCAAUCCUUGCGAUAGAAAAUUGUCUAUCUGAAGGCAAAACAAAACAAAACAAAAAUAUAUGACCUAGCCCAUAAAACUUGCCUUUCCAUUGCCUCACCUGAUCAUGGUGUUACCCUUUAUACCUUAACAUCAAUAUGGAAGUUCUCUUUACUGUUCUCUAUACAUUUACUAUGGUUCUUACAAGAAGAAUUUGUCUAACAAUCAAGGGCAUCUUGAGUUUACAAUCAUUUCCUUUAUUCUCACAACCUUGAAGUUUGAGUAAGAAGUUAUACCACUGGGAGAAAUUAGACAUGUGUUUCACUCUUAGAGUUUAACGGAUUCAAGUACUUUCUUUCAAAAAAAUUACAGCCUAUUGAAUAUUUUCUAAUAUCAUUGGCUUCCCACUUGAUUGAGGUAGUUAUUCUAUAUCUUUGAAGAGAAUUUGCAUUUUCACCAUUUAAAAGAAAACUCUGAUAACUUUGGAUGUUAUAUUUAUGUAAUUUAUCUUUUUAAUGUUUGUAAAACAUUGUUUUUAUGCAGUGGACUGGAUAAUCACUGAUUUCCUUGCUGUCAGGCAAGGUUCUUUGGGACGACUUCGCUACAUUCUGAAGAACGGGUUGAAAUAUUUCCCUUUAUAUGGUUUCUACUUUGCUCAGGUAACUGUUUGAAUCUCUGUGUCUGUGCAGUUCAUGAAAUUAAGACUUUUAACUUUGGAAUUCCCUGAAGUGAUUAACAUGUAACUUCUCCCUGUGAUACCAUACAUCAUCCAGCAAACAGGUAAUGAGAAUAUCCAGGCUUAUCAGGUGGAUGUUUUCAUCUUGAUCUAACAGCAAAUUCUUAUAACUAAUCCACAAGGAAAUGUGUAGCAGCUAGAGAGGAGAAUUAACAAUCAGAUCUUGGGAGUUAGAGUUACCUGUUUUUUUUCUUGUUUUUCUUUUUUUUUUGUCUUUCUGUUUUUUUUUUUUUUUUUUUUUUUCAAUUGAGGUGGGCAUGCAUACACAAACCAUGCUGUCUUAUAACUUGAUUACAAUACUAUUUACAGCAUUCAUGUAUAUAUGUUAAACGCAGUGGGGCAAAAGACCAAGAUUACAUUGCUAGGUAGGUUGUGCUUACAUAUUAAGUAGAAUGUCACAACAAGUUUAGCAAAUUGAUGUAAGAUUAUUGGCACAUGGUAGUUUUUUUAAAAAUAUUUUUUAUCCUAUGCACACUAAAUUAGGCCAAAGCCCCUGUUGUAACACUGUACACCCAAACAUCAGUAUACAUAUUGAUGUGUGAUUCAGGGGUGAUUAGAGGAAUGUAAUGGUAGUCACUCCCAGGAGCAAAAGGGUUCAACUUUAAAAAGUGAGCAUUACAGUUAAGCUUUUCAUUUGGAAAUCUUUUUUUUCCUUCAUGCAAAGCAACUUGCCCCUCUAAGGGGGUCUCCAGCAGGUAAUGCCAGAAAAAUAUGAAAUUUGAAACUCUCUUAGAUGUGAUUUCCAGCUGGCCAUCUGGGACAUAUUUGGAAACUUUUUAUAGCCAGACCUGGAUGUUAGAAUCAUUUCACAAAGUAGCUGGCAUGAAAUGGUCUGACAACUGGAAGCUUUCUACCACCAACAGGCUUCUAACCACAACCCUGUUAACCCUGUCAACCUUUUAUCUUAAGGAAACUUACAGAGAUGAAGGCUCGAAAUCUACCUGUGAGUAUGUAUGUGCUGAUAAAAAUAGUUUUUGAAAGAUUAUUUUUAUGUUAAACAAAUUUUACUGUAACAGUUAUCAUAAUUAGUAACAUGUAGUGGUUCCUGUUUUUGCAACUUGAGAAAUCUAAGUGCUGAUCUUUGCAAGUAACCAGUAUUUGAUCAUGACAACAUAUUUUCUUUUUUAAUUUGUGAUUUGAUAUUAAUAAUGUAAGGUUAUAUUUUGUUGUAGAUGUGGUUAGUCAUUUUUCCAGAAGGCACACGAUAUAAUGUAAAUAAUAAAGCAGUGAUUGAAAAAAGUCAAGCAUUUGCAACUGAACAAGGUAAAUGUCAUGAAAUACUUAGGUAAUUUAUGAAUUUAUGAUGGUGUACAUGAUACCUUCCCUUGGAUAAUUUUCCCAGGUGAUGUGUUUUAUACCCUGGGUGUAUUAUGCCUGGAGGUGCUAUAAGUGACCAAGACAGAAUUUCUCCUUACAGUAUCAACACAAUAUCAACCAAACAACUGAUGAGAAUAAAGAAAAAUAUCAAUCAGGAGAUUAUUAGUUGAUCCAAUACCAAAGACAGACAGUAAGGAGAGUUACUUAUUUUUGAGAUCUUUGGAGUGAAAGGGUGAACAAAAUGCACAGACCAACAAGUUAAAUAUAAAACUUACGGUAAUUACUGGUAGCUGUAUAAACAGGCAUCUGUUGUUACUUGUUGUGCACAUAGGGUUUAUGCAGAAUGCCAGCCCAUGCCCAAAUGUGACAAUCAAAUAUUUUGAUUAUCAACUCUGAUAAUUGUCAUGAGGUGAACAAUAAGCCUUAAAUAUUUCUGUGCUUUUUUAAUAUUACCAUUGGUUAGCAUGUGCUUGUGAUCAAUUGUAUUUCCUAGGUUACAUUUGGCCACAUUUAACACUGUAUUUUGUCAAAGUUUAUCACACAAUCAACUUCUAUCAACCAUUAUGUGCUCUUAUUCACAGGACUCCCAGUCUUAACUCAGGUACUCACCCCAAGAACAAAGGCUACUGAGGUUGGUAACCUGUGACCUGCAUCAGUGUCACAAUAUAAAACUACACCUACAAAAAAACAAAUAUGUAUAAAGUCUAUGCUUUGAUGAUUGUGAAAGUUUUGGUUAGAACAGGUAUUUCAAUGUGAUAUCAUUUUGUUUUCUUCAAGGCCAGCUUCGAGGUUCUGUCUUCUGACUAUUUGGAUGCUGUUUAUGACUUCACUAUCACCUAUAGCAUGGCAAACGAGAAUCAUUUUCCUCGCAGACCAGCUCCAACUAUGUCUGGUAUGUGCUGUAUAGUUGUUUAACCCACUGGUAACUUCCUUGAAUUCCACCCUUGAAGCCUAGCAUGUUAUGAUAUGGAAUUCUUUGUGUUAGACAGUUGGUGAAUUCUCUUAUAAAUGCCCAAUACCAUAACAAGGUUAGCCUUAAAUGGAAUGUGUGUUUUCUCCUUUAGUUUUCCUUAUUUCAAAAGGACAACAAGUCCUUUUGAGUUCCUUUUUUGAAGCCUGCUAUGAUAUCAGUGAAUUAUCUGAUAAAUGUCCAUUAUCAUAACAGGGUUGGCCCUAAAAUGUGUUUUCUCCUUUAGAUUUCCUUAUUUCAAAAGGACAACAAGUCCAUGUAUACUGCCGAAGGCAUGAAGCUAGAGAUCUUCCCAAGGUUUGUUUGCAUUAUGUUCAUAUAUCAUGGUUCAUUCAGUUGAUUUUAUUUAAAAUGGCUUUGUAAAAGAUAUCACUGUUUCCUCUGAUGUUGCAUUCUCAAUUACAAGCAGAGUCCAUACAGAAAUGAAAUAUCAAAUCCUGCCUUUGGAUGUCUCUGUGGUAAGAGUCAAUUUUAAAACUGUUGUCUUGCAGGAUAGUGAAGGAAGAAAAUCCUGGAUCCACCAAACCUUUGCAGAGAAAGACAGGUAAGCUUUUAAUGAUUUUCAUGUUGUUAUUUUCUAAUGAUGAGAAAAGAGAGCAGUUUGAGGAGAAUGUUAAAAUAUAGUUUUUAAAAAAAAAUUGAUGAAUUUAUCUAUACUCGAAAGACGGCAAUCUAAGUCAUUGCAGAGAAAGCAAUCUGAAGAGAGUCAGGUUUUGACAGGGUUCAAAACCCAUGACUCCCAUUUACUACUUUGGUGCUACUACCAACUGAUUUUGUUAUUUAAUUAUUAGUAAGAGGACUAGCUUCUAAUUUCUCCUUACAAUAUCACCCCUGAAUCACACAUUAAGGUCAUGAGAAUAAAGGAAAUGAUCACCAACUAAAGAAGCUUUUGACCGGUAAACAAGUUCUCCUUGUCAUCACCCGAGGAAAUGUGUAAAGAACAGUAUGGAGAAUAUGUAUACUGAUCUUGGGGUGUUAAGGGUUAACUCGUAGGAGUGAGUAUCGAUACCAUCUAAUUUCUCCUUACAUUAUCACACCAGAGUCAAACAUUUAAAGUCAUGAGAAAAAAGGAAAAGAUCACCAACCAAACAAGCUCUUGAUUGUUAAAUAAAUUCUCGUUAUCAACACCUUUGGAAAUAUAUAGAAAUCAGCAUGGAGAUUGUGCAUACUGAUGCGAGGGUGAGUGGAAACAAGCAAACUUCCUGAGUGGUGGGAAGAGAUCAAGGCAUAGUUGUUUUUUAUUUUGCUCCUGACUGGUCAAGGGAAUAGCAUAAGUUUUGGUAACAAUUACAAAGCAAAGUAAUGUAAAACCUGGGCCAUCUAAGAUCAUUUCAACACUGGAUUGCAAAUUGCUCCAAGCAAUGCAUUUUGGGUAUGAUAUGUUUUUAGAGGUCGUAGGGUGAACAAUUUCAAUUAAUUGAAUGUAGCAUUCACCUGUAAUGUGUCUGUGUUUUUUGUUUUUUUUUUUGUCUUUCCAGAAUUUUGAAUAAAUUUUACCAAGAAGAUGGGAAAAUGCCUGGGGUUCCACGGAGGAGGAGGUUACCAUGGACAAGAACUUUCCCAUAUUUUGUGUUUUGGAUGGCAACACUUUUGCCAUUUGUAAUGACAAAAUGGGGGCGAUCAGCUUACUGGAAGAUGUGGCUUGUCACAAGCUUUGGAUCAGUAUCUUACAUGAUGUUCUUGUUUGGGAAAGUUCAGCGGUGAAAUAUGAAGACAACACAUGUUUGCACAUUGAGAAAACCUGAUACGAGUGUCCGGGUUUCAUCAGGCAUAUCGCAAGUGCUAGUCUCCAAAGUCUGUUUUUACAGGGUUCAUACAGUCCUGGGAAAACCUGGAAAUUCUUGGACUACUGUGAAAGAGUUUUCAAAGACCUGAAAGUCUUCUAAAAAGAUUAUCAGUCCUGGAAAGACCUAAAAUGUAGAAUUUGGUAUUAAAUCAAGAUGGUUGAUAUUUAACAUGUACAUUUUUCUUUAUUCCCAUCAGCUGUCAUCUUGAUAUUGCAUGGAGAAAUUUAGUCAAUCUUGAGAAUUUAAGGGUUAAUGGAAUCACUGGAGCCCUGGAAAAAACAUUGUCAGCCUUGGAAAAUUGUUUCUGAAAUGGGUAGAUAGCUUGUUUUCAGGGUGGAUAUUUCCAUUUGACCCCACCCUAUCACAGCAUGCUGACCCAGCCGCCUUGCAGUUCUCUUUGUUUUGAAGCCAGUGAACCUUUCACCAGUCAGGGCAGAAAGUUUAAAUCAUCA